GUCACGUUCACCGGGUAUUACUGGGGCACCACCGAACUCACCUUCUAUCUGACCCGCAAUGACCUUGACCCGCAGUUCGAUGACCCAGUUCUCCUGAGCAAAGAUGACCUGGCGAUCACGAUCGACGCGGAAGUCCCUCGUCGUCGACACCAUCUUCAUCGCCGUCGGUUCCUUCUUCGUCCUCAUCAACAACAUCAACAUGGGAGCGCAACUGGACAUCAGCAUCAUCCGGAGUGUGUUGAAGAGGCCCCUCGGACCCGCGUGUGGCUUCGUGUCGCAGUUUCUCUGUAUGCCGACGCUGACUUUCGCGAUGGGAAAGCUCUUCUUCGACGACCCUCUGCAUCGCCUCGGGCUCUUCACCUUAGGCUGCUCCCCCGGGGGUACCUCCUCGAACUUCUGGACCCUCAUGUUCAACGGAGACAUCAAUCUGUCAAUCACCAUGACCAUAAUUUCAACCAUCGCUGCCAUGGGGAUGAUGCCUUUAUGGAUGUUCACUUUGGGGGCGAGUUUGUUGGAGGAGAACGCCGACAUCCAGAUCCCUUUCGUCAACUUGGCUGUCUCCCUCAUCACCCUCACCGUCCCUGUCUGCGUUGGGAUCGGGAUAAGGAUGAAACGACCUGCUUGGGCUGACAAGGGAAAGAAGGUCAUUAAGCCUUUCUCUUUCUUUAUCCUCAUCUUCUUCAUGGUGGUAGGUACUUACAACUCCUACAAAGUGCUCCUGAUGAUGACGUGGCAGAUGGUGGUCGCCGGUUUCCUCGUGGUUUUCUGCGGAUACACACUGGGUGCCAUCUUCGCCAGGGUCGUGUGCCUCACUGGGGACAAGGUCAUCGCCAUUAGCAUCGAGACGGCGCUGCAGAACCCUGGCGUAGCGUUCAUCCUUCUCAAACUGUCCCUCGAGAGCCCGUACAGUGACCUGGCUGCCGUGCCGAUCAUCGCGACCUUGUUCGUGUCCGGGCCGCCCCUCAUCUUGAUCUACCUGUGCUACCUGCUCGCUCGGCGCUUCUGUGGCUGCUGCCCGCGUGCCCAGGACGCUGAGACGACGCAGAAGGAGGGGGCUGACGAUAAGGAGCCCGCUGAGGCGAUGAAGUUCCUGCCGGACGCCGAAGGAGGAGCGCUCACGGGGAGGGAGGAGUGAGCGGGAGGGAAAAGG